AUGGAGUCGGUAAAACAAAGGAUUUUGGCCCCAGGGAAAGAGGGGAUAAAGAAUUUUGCUGGAAAAUCGCUUGGACAGAUCUACAGGGUGCUGGAGAAGAAGCAGGACAACCGAGAAACCAUCGAGCUGACAGAGGAUGGCAAACCCCUGGAGGUGCCUGAGAAGAAGGCUCCGCUGUGCGACUGCACAUGCUUCGGCCUGCCGCGCCGCUACAUCAUAGCCAUCAUGAGCGGCCUCGGCUUCUGCAUCUCCUUUGGCAUCCGCUGUAACCUGGGCGUGGCCAUCGUGGACAUGGUCAACAACAGCACCAUCCACCGCGGAGGCAAAGUUAUCAAGGAGAAAGCCAAAUUUAACUGGGACCCCGAGACCGUGGGGAUGAUUCACGGAUCGUUCUUCUGGGGCUAUAUCAUCACCCAGAUUCCGGGAGGAUAUAUCGCAUCGCGGCUGGCCGCUAACCGGGUCUUUGGGGCUGCAAUACUGCUCACCUCUACCCUCAAUAUGCUGAUCCCAUCCGCAGCCAGAGUGCAUUAUGGAUGCGUCAUCUUUGUUAGAAUAUUGCAAGGACUUGUGGAGGGUGUCACCUACCCAGCCUGUCAUGGGAUAUGGAGCAAGUGGGCCCCUCCUUUGGAAAGGAGUAGGCUGGCUACCACCUCCUUUUGUGGUUCCUAUGCUGGAGCAGUCAUUGCAAUGCCCUUAGCUGGUAUCCUCGUGCAGUACACUGGAUGGUCUUCAGUAUUUUAUGUGUAUGGAAGCUUUGGCAUGGUCUGGUAUAUGUUCUGGCUUCUGGUAUCUUAUGAGAGUCCUGCAAAGCAUCCUACCAUUACAGAUGAAGAACGUAGGUACAUAGAAGAAAGCAUUGGAGAGAGCGCAAAUCUGUUAGGUGCAAUGGAAAAAUUCAAGACCCCAUGGAGGAAGUUUUUCACAUCCAUGCCUGUCUAUGCGAUAAUUGUUGCAAACUUCUGCAGGAGUUGGACUUUCUAUUUACUGCUCAUCAGUCAACCAGCUUAUUUUGAGGAGGUUUUUGGAUUUGAAAUCAGCAAGGUUGGCAUGUUGUCUGCGGUCCCUCACCUUGUCAUGACAAUCAUUGUGCCUAUCGGGGGUCAAAUUGCAGAUUUUCUAAGGAGCAAGCAAAUUCUUUCAACAACUACAGUGAGAAAGAUCAUGAAUUGUGGGGGUUUUGGCAUGGAAGCCACGCUGCUUCUGGUUGUUGGCUACUCUCAUACUAGAGGGGUGGCCAUCUCCUUCUUGGUGCUUGCAGUGGGAUUUAGUGGAUUUGCUAUCUCUGGUUUCAAUGUUAACCACUUGGAUAUUGCCCCAAGAUAUGCCAGUAUCUUAAUGGGCAUUUCAAAUGGAGUUGGCACAUUGUCGGGGAUGGUCUGCCCCAUCAUUGUUGGUGCAAUGACGAAGAAUAAGUCCCGCGAAGAAUGGCAGUAUGUCUUCCUCAUUGCUGCACUCGUCCACUACGGUGGAGUCAUAUUUUAUGCAAUAUUUGCCUCAGGAGAGAAACAACCUUGGGCAGACCCUGAGGAGACCAGCGAAGAAAAAUGUGGCUUCAUUCACGAAGAUGAACUGGAUGAAGAAACGGGGGACAUCACUCAGAAUUACAUAAAUUAUGGUACCACCAAAUCUUAUGGUGCCACCUCACAGGAGAAUGGAGGCUGGCCUAAUGGCUGGGAGAAAAAGGAAGAAUUUGUGCAAGAAGGUGCACAAGAUGCGUACACCUAUAAGGACCGAGAUGAUUAUUCAUAA